UUUACGGUGAUGAAAAUCAUCUAGCUAGUGAGGAUGUGGACAUUGCUUUGUGUUUUGUAUUACCGACAAUAAAUAUUGCAUUAUAAAAGCCACUGCUUUCUUCAACAAUUCGCCACAAUCAACAUUCAACCGCUCAACAAGUAAGAAUCAACACCAAGAGUAAGAGUCUCUCCGCAACUGCAACAACCAAUUCAAGAAGAUGCACCGCCCAGGAGCCGGCCCUCAUGAUCAUGGCCAUGGACCUCCAGGCGGAGGUCCAGGAGGCCAAGGUGGCGGUCCUGGAGGCCAAGGAGGCGGUCCAGGAGGCCAAGGAGGCGGGGGUCCAGGAGGCCAAGGCGGAGGCGGUCCAGGAGGCCAAGGCGGAGGAGGUCCAGGAGGCCAAGGCGCUGGCGGUCCAGGAGGACAUGGCGGAGGAGGUCCAGGAGGACAUGGCGGAGGAGGUCCAGGAGGACAUGGCGCAGGCGGUCCAGGAGGCCAAGGCGGAGGCGGUCCAGGAGGCCAAGGCGGAGGCGGUCCAGGAGGCCGCUGAUAAGUUAACGAUGACGGGCAACAAGACUUGUGGUGUACUAGUAGCUAGUAGUACGUAGUCUAUAUAUGAUGAUAUAAUGAAGUUGAUGAUGAGAGUAAUUAGCUGAUAAUGAUAAUGUUGUGUUUGUUAUUAAUUAGUAAUGUUUUUCUAAUCAUGUUGGGUGAGAUCCUUCCCUUCCCCGGCCAUCUCCGGUAGCUCAGUUUCAGCUAGCUGGAGAAGAGGAGGGCGGUUUAUGUAAUACUACUGUAUGAUGCAUGCAUAUAACAAUAAAAUGAAGAGCACCACUUUAUUAUUAUGAUAUA